GGACCACAAGGGCCUCAAGGACCUGUUGGAUUCCCUGGACCAAAGGGACCUCCAGGGCCACCUGGAAAAGACGGCUUGCCUGGGCACCCAGGCCAGCGGGGUGAGACGGGUUUUCAAGGAAAAACUGGUCCUCCUGGUCCUGGUGGUGUUGUUGGCCCUCAGGGUCCUACUGGUGAGACUGGCCCAAUCGGUGAAAGAGGCCAUCCAGGUCCUCCUGGCCCACCCGGUGAACAAGGCCUCCCCGGAGCAGCGGGAAAAGAAGGUGCUAAGGGUGACCCAGGCCCUCAAGGCAUUCCUGGGAAGGAUGUACCAGCAGGUCUGCGUGGUUUCCCUGGAGAGAGAGGCCUUCCAGGUGCUCAGGGUCCCGCUGGUCUGAAAGGAGGGGAAGGCCCACAGGGCCCACCUGGCCCAAUUGGUUCACCAGGGGAACGCGGAGCGGCCGGCACUGCUGGCCCCAUCGGUCUACCAGGGCGUCCUGGGCCUCAGGGUCCUCCAGGCCCCGCAGGGGAGAAGGGUGCUCCGGGAGAAAAAGGUCCUCAAGGACCAGCUGGACGGGACGGAGUGCAGGGUCCUGUCGGACUUCCUGGUCCUGCUGGUCCAAGCGGUUCUCCUGGAGAAGAUGGGGACAAGGGUGAAAUUGGUGAGCCGGGCCAGAAAGGCAGUAAAGGUGACAAGGGAGAAAACGGUCCUCCGGGUCCACCAGGUCUCCAGGGUCCCGUCGGUGCCCCUGGAAUAGCUGGAGGUGAUGGGGAGCCAGGCCCAAGAGGUCAGCAAGGCAUGUUUGGGCAAAAAGGUGAUGAAGGUCCCCGAGGCUUCCCAGGCCCUCCAGGCCCUAUUGGCUUACAGGGUCUGCCUGGCCCACCGGGUGAAAAGGGUGAAAAUGGUGAUGUGGGCCCAAUGGGUCCGCCUGGCCCUCCUGGUCCAAGAGGUCCACAGGGUCCCAACGGAGCUGAUGGUCCUCAAGGCCCCCCCGGCUCCAUCGGCUCUGUUGGAGGUGUUGGUGAAAAGGGUGAACCUGGCGAAGCUGGUAACCCUGGGCCUCCCGGAGAAUCUGGAACAUCUGGUCCAAAAGGUGAAAGGGGAGAAAAAGGUGAGGCUGGUCCACCCGGAGCAGCUGGACCACCAGGUGCUAAAGGACCUCCAGGUGAUGAUGGGCCUAAGGGUAACCCAGGCCCAGUUGGUUUUCCUGGAGAUCCCGGUCCCCCUGGGGAACCUGGUCCCGCUGGUCAAGAUGGCGUUGGUGGAGAGAAGGGUGAAGAUGGUGAUCCUGGACAACCUGGUCCACCGGGUCCUUCAGGGGAAGCUGGCCCGCCUGGUCCACCUGGGAAAAGAGGACCUCCCGGCGCAACUGGAGCUGAAGGCAGACAAGGGGAAAAAGGUGCAAAGGGCGAGCCUGGUGCAGAAGGAGCUCCUGGAAAGACAGGCCCAGUUGGUCCGCAGGGGCCUGCAGGCAAACCUGGCCCAGAGGGUCUCCGGGGCAUCCCUGGCCCUGUGGGAGAGCAAGGUCUACCCGGAGCGCCAGGUCAGGACGGCCCUCCUGGGCCUCUGGGCCCACCUGGCUUGCCCGGCCUGAAAGGAGACCCAGGGUCCAAAGGAGAGAAGGGGCAUCCUGGUUUGAUUGGCCUGAUUGGACCUCCGGGAGAACAGGGUGAAAAGGGUGACAGGGGUCUGCCCGGCCCACAGGGAUCUCCUGGAGCCAAGGGCGAUGCAGGAAUUUCCGGUCCUGCUGGUCCCCUUGGCCCCCCUGGCCCUCCUGGUUUACCUGGUCCCCAAGGUCCAAAAGGCUCCAAAGGAUCCAGCGGUCCUGCUGGUCAAAAGGGUGACAGUGGGCUACCUGGUCCACCUGGACCUCCGGGUCCCCCGGGUGAGGUGAUCCAGCCGCUGCCCAUCCAGUCACCCAAAAAGACAAGAAGAUCUCCUGAUUACAUGUUAUCUGAUGCUGGUGAUAAUAUUCUGGAUUAUUCCGACGGCAUGGAAGAGAUCUUCGGCUCCCUGAACUCACUGAAGCAAGACAUUGAGCACAUGAAAUACCCAAUGGGCACUCAGAAUAACCCCGCCCGAACGUGCAAAGACUUGCAGCUCUGCCACCCAGACUUCCCGGACGGGGAAUAUUGGAUUGAUCCUAACCAGGGCUGUUCUGGAGACUCCUUCAAAGUGUACUGCAAUUUCACAGCCGGUGGGGAAACCUGCAUCUACCCAGAUAAGAAAUCUGAAGGAGUUAGGAUUUCAUCAUGGCCAAAGGAGAAUCCAGGAUCUUGGUUUAGUGAAUUUAAGCGAGGCAAACUUCUUUCCUAUUUGGAUGUUGAAGGCAAUUCCAUUAAUAUGGUCCAAAUGACAUUCCUUAAACUACUGAGUGCCUCUGCCAGACAAAAUUUCACUUACAACUGUCACCAGUCCGUAGCUUGGCAUGAUGCAUCAUCUGACAGCUAUGACAAAGCGCUAAGGUUCUUAGGAUCGAACGAUGAAGAAAUGUCUUAUGACAACAAUCCUUACAUCAAAGCUCUCCACGAUGGCUGUGCAUCAAGGAAAGGCUACGCAAAGACAGUGAUCGAAAUCAACACACCCAAAAUAGACCAAGUGCCUAUAGUUGAUGUGAUGAUCAAUGACUUUGGCGAUCAGAACCAGAAGUUUGGAUUUGAGGUCGGUCCCGUCUGCUUCCUUGGUUAAGCUUAAGACAAAAUCAGAUCAGCAAACAUGUUGCACUUUGGUGCUACCAACCCACUCCAUGCCACAUGCAAGUUUUGAAUAAGGAUGGCAUAGAAAACUUGUCUUGCUGUGUAUGUAUGUCUCAUCUAGAAAGUAAUUGUUGCCCUUGUAGGGCCAGAAUCACAUGACUUAAACUUAUUUUGCAAAGGUACUGUAGCACAGACAGACAUUGUAGGGCUCACUUUAGGAACACCCCCUUGGAUUCCUUUGGUGCUGUAAAAACGAACGACAUGGUGCUCCUUCCAUUACAACCACGAGGUGUUAAGAAAGUGUUUAAUAAACUGUAAUUAUUCUGUGUACAGUACUAUACUGUCAGUUCUCUGUCCAUUCCAAAACUUGCAUGUGUCUCUGAGUUGCACCUGGCUCUUAUUUCAUAAUUACAAAAACACAUUGUCAAUGCUGUGUGUAUUCUGAGAAAACGACCUGUCAUUGCCAGUGAAGUCAUUGCCAUUUCCAUGUCUGAUUAAUAAUAAAAUCCCUUUGU